AUGGGAAACGAGGUUUGGGGCUGCACAGACAUUCUCUGUUGUAUCCUGUUCAUCUUGGCCUUGCUGGGCUACUUUGCAGUUGGGAUUCUGGCAUGGUCUCAGGGUGACCCUCGGAAAGUGCUUUACCCAACAGACAGUAAGGGUCAGUUUUGUGGACAGGUCGGCUCCCCACUUGAGAAGAAGCCCCUGCUGUUCUACUUCAACAUCUUGAAGUGUGCCAGUCCUCUGGUCCUGCUGGAGUUUCAGUGUCCCACCACGCAGAUCUGUGUGGAGAGAUGUCCCGAUAAAUUCAUGACUUUAGUUAAAGCUUUACGAAAGGAAGAUGAUAGGGAAUACUACAAGCAAUUCUGCAAAGAAGGAGUUGACAUGACCAAGCAAGCUCCUGAAAUCCUGAAGAAUGGCUUGUGCCCUUCAAUACUCACACCUAGCAAGAAUUUCACCCGGAGAUGCUUGCCCGCUCUAGAGACCUUGAAAGGUGGUGUAGUUGUGGUUGGCAACAAAACUACGUUCACAGAUGAUAGAGGACAAAAUAUAAAUGCAACAGAUCUCCUUGAAGCCUCAAAGAAAUCCAAUGUUGUGGUUGAGGCCCGGGCGGUAGCUAUGAGGAUCUUCGAGGACUAUACUCAGUCCUGGCACUGGAUACUGCUUGGCUUGGUGAUCGCCAUGCUGGUCAGUCUGAUGUUUAUUCUCCUCUUGCGCUGUCUGGCUGGAGUCAUGGUCUGGGUUAUGAUCAUUAUGGUCGUCAUUGUUAUUGGAUACGGUAUUUUCCAUUGUUACAUGCAGUACGCCAGUCUGAAAGGACAAGCAGGUUCUGACGUCACUAUCAAGGAUCUAGGUCUACAGACAGACUUUUCUGUGUACUUACAGAUUCAGCAGACCUGGCUUGCCUUCAUGAUUAUCCUGUGUAUUGUGGAAGUGGUCAUCAUCCUUCUCCUCAUCUUCCUCAGGAAGAGGCUCCUCAUUGCUAUUGCUCUCAUCAAAGAGGCCAGCAAGGCCAUCGGUCAUGUGAUGUCAUCACUGUUCUACCCCCUGCUGACCUUUGCCCUACUGUCUUUAGUCAUCGCAUACUGGGGCAUCACCGCCGUGUUUUUGUCAACCUCCAAUGAGCCAGUAUACAAGGUUUUCAAUACAACCGAAUGUAUGUAUUCCAGAGACACCUGCAACCCUGAGACUUUCAACAGCUCAAAUAUCACCACUGAAUGUCCUGAUGCUGAGUGUCUGUUUGCGUUUUAUGGAGGAGAGACGUUAUACCACAAGUACCUGAUUCUGUUCCAGUUCUAUAAUUUAUUCCUCUUCUUCUGGUGUGCCAACUUCGUGACAGCAUUGGGCCAGGUCACACUGGCAGGGGCCUUUGCCUCCUACUACUGGGCCUUCAAAAAGCCAGACGACAUCCCAGCUUUCCCUGUCUUCAACUCUUUGGGACGGGCCCUCAGGUAUCACACUGGCUCUCUUGCAUUUGGUUCCCUCAUUCUUGCCAUCGUUCAGGUCAUCAGGGUCAUAUUGGAGUAUGUGGAUCAGAAGCUGAAAGGUGCCCAGAAUAAAUGUGCAAAAUUCCUACUCAGCUGCCUAAAGUGCUGCUUCUGGUUGUAUCUCGGUGAAGAUCUGGAGAGAAAUGACGGUUCCUCCGACAAACCGUUUUUCAUGUCCCCCGAGCUGCACCAGAUUUUGUCAAUUGAAAAAAGCACAGAGGAAACGGACCGUGCCGAUGUACCCGUCGUACAGGUGCAAGCCGAGGAGGAAAUCCCGCUGCAGGAGAAUGGAGAGGUGCAGCUUAAAGAGCAGGGCGUCCUAAAGCAGGAGCAGGAAGAAGAGACACCACUAAACCAGGAGAUGCACAUUGAAGUGCCGCCCCAAGAAACACAACCUCCAGAGGCACCCGCAGCCGACGAGGAGAAACCCGAAGAGCAGGUUACAACGCAAGAGCCUGAACCGCCACAAGUGACCCCAAAACAAAACGGACCCCAAGAGGUGGACGCUGAGGACAAGGAGGAGCAGGUGGCCCAACCUCAAGCAGAACCACCACAGGCCCAGAACCAACAAGAACAGGAACCAGAGGAACCGAAGCCUCAAGAAAACGGACCUCAAGAGAGCGAGACCCUGCUCACCCCUCAGGAGUAGCUGGACAACUGAAGGUGGAGUCGUUAAACGUUUCAGAGAAGCCUACUGAUUUGGGAACUGGUGCACUUUGGUGGCUUUGAGAAGCCAUUAGUAUACAUCGGAAAGUACCUCCUUCAUUCGCGUCAUAAUGUUUACUCAAUCAAUCAAUUUUGAGAACUGUCUCUUAAUCAAUAAUCACUGGUCAUAAUGAAUGGCAUGACACAAAAUUGGACAGAAACAGGCUUGUACUCGAAGUAUGAGCUGUUUGAUUGACAACUGGUUAUGUGAACCUAAACCCUAUUAGAUAUGCCUACAUAGCACUUGUAGAAUGUGACUGUGUUUGUGUUUUAUGUAGAACGUUUUAAUGUAAGGACAUAUAAAAGUGUAAUGUAGGUGCUUGACUUGUGCCUAAAUAUCGUUACUUAUCAAUGUCUUAAUCAUACUGAAGAAUGCAAAAAGAUUUUGCAGCAUCACUAUGUUUACAGCAACAACAACAAAAAAACAUCUGUUUACAGUGAUACCAGCCAAGACCAAAACAAUGUCAUUUUGUAAGAAUUUGUGCAAAUGUAUUUGAAAAUUGUGUUAAUUUUAUGCCCUAAUUUGAUAAUUGUAUGAUGCAGAUGAACAAAAAAUUUAAAAAGUGCCACCGAAAGCAAGUCAACUUAAAAACGAAUCAAUCAAAGAAAGAAAAAAAAAUGUAACACCCUUCUAUUUUGGUCUGCUGUGACUGGUUAUUGUAUCGACAGAUUGCAACCUUUUCAAUGCCUGAUAUUUGUCGCUGUUUGCUACUCUGUUGCCUCUUUUUCUACCUCUGUGCUUCACUUUUCUCAAUCUUUGCAUGUUGGUAAUGUGAUCUCCCAGUGCUUUAAUAAAUCGAACU